AUGAGGUCCCCAAGGAUGAGAGUCUGUGCUAAGUCAGUGUUGCUGUCGCACUGGCUCUUUCUAGCCUACGUGUUAAUGGUGUGCUGUAAGCUGAUGUCUGCCUCGAGCCAGCACCUCCGGGGACAUGCAGGUCACCACCAAAUCAAGCAAGGGACCUGUGAGGUGGUCGCUGUGCACAGGUGCUGCAAUAAGAACCGCAUAGAAGAGCGGUCACAAACAGUCAAGUGCUCUUGCUUCCCGGGACAGGUGGCCGGCACAACUCGGGCUCAGCCUUCUUGUGUUGAAGCUUCCAUUGUGAUUCAGAAAUGGUGGUGUCACAUGAAUCCGUGUUUGGAGGGAGAGGAUUGUAAAGUGCUGCCAGAUUACUCAGGUUGGUCCUGUAGCAGUGGCAAUAAAGUCAAAACUACGAAGGCAAGUAUAGACUAA